AUGGCUACGGAAGAAUCAAACAACAAAGAAUCACCUUUAACAGACAUAGCCACGUCGCCUCCCCCAUUUGAUUUGACAUUGGAUAAUAAGGAGUUGGAAAACGACCAAACGUCUAAUUUCAUAUCGAAUAAAGCUAAUUCUGGCCAGGAAUCACAGGAAAACAACAGUAAGACGAAUCGAGAUAGCUACGAGAGUUCGGAGCUCAGUGAUUUGGGAGAGGACGAAUCAGAGGCAGAAACGGAUAAAAUGGACUUUUUGGAUGACGAUCCUAAUUCCAGCGGUGAAAAAGUGCUGGAUUUGAAUGCGAUUUCGAAGUUGACUGAAUUGGCACACUUGAAGGAGGUGGACUCGGACAACGAAGACGAUGAAAAUGUUGUCAAAGAAGAGCAAUCGGCACCACAUGAGGAAGACGGAGAGAAACUGGUGAAGGAGACCGAGGAAACGCUGGAAACCAACACCAAAAUAGAGGAAAGCUCGUCGGAUGGUGAAAUGUCAAUAAAUCCGAAGGAAAAUGCGGAGGCCAACAAAGAAAUCAUGGAAGAUUUGGAAAGAAUUAGCCAAAGUGUGGAAGAUGGCACCAAUAGAAGGCCUUCUAAACGUUCUAUAAGCGAACCCGAUCAGACGAAUAACAAGAAGCCAAAGAUGGAGAGUGAAGAAGAGCCAAAUACUGGAAAGACCGGUGAAGAUGUACCAGAUAAUGUGCUAAAUGAUGAGCACGAGAACUCAGACGUAGAGGAAUCGCAAAAAGAUGACUUGAAUAACGGUAAUAGUAAUAGUGGUGAGGACGAGGAGAACGAUGAUGCGAAUAAUGGAACAAAGACAGACGAUCAGGAGGCAGACGAGGAAGAUGAAGAUGCCGAUGAAAUGGGAGACUUUGAAAGUAGUGAAAAAGAUGUAGACAUUAAUGAGAAACGCAAACUUGCUAUCGAAGAGUUGAUUAUUAUCGAGUCAUCAUUUGCGGAAUUGAGAGAUAAAUUAUAUCAGGAUAAAUUGAAUUUACUUGAGCAUGAAUUGCAACUAUGUCUAGAAGGGUCGCAUCCGGAACUAUCCAGGAUCUAUUACAAAAUUAAUCAAUUUCACCAAGAUAGUUUAAAACAGGCCAAUUCAAACCUCAACUAUAAAUUGAAAUGCAUUGACGUUAGUACCAUCGCAUCUCGAACCUCGAUUCAUCAGAACUUCCUCAAAAAGCUUAUGGAUUGCAAAAACGACAUGAUUACUGAUACGACAUCAUUGUGGUACAAAAUAAACAAAGAACGUAACCAACUAGAUCAACUAGUCCCGGACUAUAACUUCACUGCCAUCCCACUGAUACCGAAUUAUACGGCUACUGUGCCCAUAGAAGAGGGUGCUAAUGGUGUAGCCAAUGGCAUACUAAAUGGUCAUGAGAUUGCUCCGUUGAGCAAAAAAACAAUCAAACAAAAUACGGUGUUCGAAUUAGUAGAGCAACGAAACAACUUGAAUUGUCAAUUGGGAAUAUUGAAUGGGUUAUUACAGUUCCAUGGUCUCCCUUCUGCUCUAUACUCGAAUGUAGAUGACAAUUUUGUCGGGCCAAGCCAAGAACUAUUAUUGAGAAAGGCAACCGACGAUGAAAUCAAUGAGGACUUAAGGGCUAUGGGAAUACCCAUGUAG